GCUUGGCACGGCAGAUCAUCUGGUGGAUGGGAAGGGUGAUGCUGAUGCGCGCCGGGAGAUUGCGGGAAUGCAUGAAGCUAUGGCCACGAUGCACCUCUGCUGCCCAAGGUAAACACCUUCGCCAUGUGUUGUUGCUGCCGCACGCGCCGUCAGCGACGGCUGCCUUUUCGUCGGCACCUCCCGUCCCUGCACUCCCCAUCGAAAGGCUGCACAAGUCGCCGCGAUUCAGCGAAGUCGUGGUCCACAACCGCACAGUGUAUUUAUCUGGACAGCUCGCCGACAACUUAGAUGGAGACGUGAGAUCGCAAACGGCGGAAACGUUGGCGAGCAUCGACACGUUUUUAGCUGACGCGGGCACAGACAAGUCCAAGCUCCUCUCCGUGACCAUUUAUCUCAAGGACAUUCGCAAGGACUACGCCGAUAUGAAUGCUGAAUGGGACGCUUGGGUGCCCGCAGGCGCUGCUCCCGCACGUGCCACUGUUGAAGCCGCCCUCUACGAUGACCGUGUCUUGGUGGAAAUGUCAGCAAUUGCAGCGCUUUAAGUCCCUCUUGCCCAUGUCGAAGCAAACAUGUCUGGUUGCUGUCGGACUUGAUGACGCUCCUUCAUACGCCUCCUUCUUGUCGUCAAGUGCGUAGGAAUCGCUAUUUAAACCGUGUCACCGAUGCAAGUCGUCGUCAUCGAGUAAAGUCCUCGUGCAUGCCA